GUGCCCUGGAGGUAGUGAAGUUGCUGUUCUUGGCUGCUGCAUAUGACGGAGUGGUGGUCUAUGCAAAUCAGCAUCACUGCUCGGACCUUCUGUCCUGUCCCAAGUUUUACUACAUAGGGAUCAUGGACCUGACAAGUGACAUUGUGAAGAACUGUGAACCUGCCAUCCUGCACCGAAUCCUCCACCUUGUCAGGAACUUCCUCUAGAGUUCCAACUCUCAUCAGAAGAUCCUGGCCAGGACCUUCUAUGCACAGCUCCUCUGGCACCGAUCAGUGGCUCAGACUUUGGGGCAAGACUUUUUGAGCAAUCUGAUCAAGUGGGUCAAAGAGUCCAACCUCAUUAUGAAGGAAGUUGGGCUUCGUGGAAUCAGUAACCUGGCACUGCACCCAGGACAAUCAGAAUCUCUGAAGGGCCAGGUUCCAUUCUUGCGAGACUUCCUGAAGAAUGAAGCGCGAGGGACAGUGCAAGCAGUAAAGAGCCUACGGAACAUCAUCUGUCACGGGAAGGGAGAGGACACCAAGGUGGUCUUUUGCAGCAUUUCCAAGCAACUGCAUCCACUCAUCAAUGAUGAGAGGGACCAGGUGAAGAUCUCGGCCCCCUCUGCCCUGGGCUACAUGUUGCAUCAAGUUGACAAAAUCAAGCCUGGACUCUCCACCCGAAGAGAGAUCUACACUUUUCUAGUCCCACUGCUGCUUAGCAUUCAGGAUAACAACACCGAGGUAGUCAAGGUGAGCACAAGCAAAAUACAGCUGGUGGGGGACUUACUGUCCCAGAGCUUUGGCUUCCUGAAGAGCCCUCAGUCCUUCCUACGGGCAGCUGCCAUCGACUUCACAGAAUUAACAGCUAAGAAGCUAAACAGGAGUCAAAUACAUGAGGAUGAUGUGGAGCUGUUACAGAAUGGAUAAGCCACCUGAGCAAUAACAUCUUCAAAGUCACUGGCAUGAAAACCCCAAAAAGAAAGAAGUGACUGUUUAAGAGUGUCAAAGGGGAAAGAGAUGAUAAUGACGACAGUCAGAAAGAGAAAAUCUGGAUGUGGCUUCAAAGCCCUCUAAAUUCAUUGUGCAACCGGUACGAUAGGAGGGUGAAAAAUACUCCACUGAUAAUAGGCAAUUCAGAGAAACAGUCAAUACGGUCACAGGUCCCGACAUCUGAAAGUCCACCUGUAGAAGCUGGGCCUGCUGCCAAAUAAGUUGCUCCUAAUUGCUCUGGGACUAAAGCCUUUUCCAUUUGUUUGUCCAGAUGUCAGUACUUUGCUUCCCAGUAGCUCACCUACCAUAGUCCAACUGGAUGGGCUACUUUGGAUUACACCCAAGGAGGCAUUUUUGAUCUUAGAGGACACAGUAUGUUUCUGGUCCUUUCUCUCCCUAGGGGAUUGUUGGCUAUCAGCAUAUGCAUUUGUCAAUAAAACUUACUUUCUCACCCUAAGACAAGAUGACUUUCAUCUUAGUUUUGGGGGAUUGGGGAGAAACCUGAGUGACAGGGACAGCUCUGGAAGUAUCUCCUUCAAUCUUCAGGUAAAGUUUCAAAUGAUAAGAGGGAGGAAGAGUAGGGUGGCAGAACAGCGUGGCACCUAGUGUCCAAUCAAUUGUUUUCACCUCCACACACAUUGGAUGAAAUUCCUACGCCUGACACACUGCAAGGCACAUUCAGAUUUCAGGUUGGAGAAGAAAGAGGCGGGCUGUGGGUGUAAACGUUGGGGUGGCAAUAACUCCAGCCCAAUCUCUCUCACUUAAGAAAGAGCAUUUGGUGGGAUGCCUGGGUGGCUCAGUUGGUUAAGCGACUG